UAGACUACCCACAAUAGCGAAUAUGUCCACCGAUCAGACGUAUAAAUUCGGAAAGAACAGUCUUAUUGAGGUUUCUUUGAAACUUUUCUAUUUCAUCGGAAUGUGGCGACAACAAAAUUCAACUGUAGUUUACACUGUACUUGGAUACACUGCUCAAGCUUGUACAUCAUUGGCUUGGACUAUAGCGAAAGCUAUUGCAACAGUCAUGCUUGAAAAGCGAAAUGAAUUGAUUUUGUUCGGACCGACAACGGUUUAUGCAUUCUCAAACAUGUAUCGCGGAUUCCUCAUCAUGUGGAAACACAAGACUAUCGACACCAAUUUGAAUGACAUUGCCGACAUGCUAUUAACCAAAAAUGAAUACGAAAAAGUGCAGCAGAAAAUGAAUUUCUUCAAUAGAACUUCAUUGGCCUACAUCACCUUCAUAUCGCUCGGUUUAGUUUCAGCCUGCGUCAAUCCAAUUAUUUCUUAUGGAAAUGAGCUACCUGUUCCCGUUUGGCUACCAUUCAAUGAUUGGAGAAACAAUCGACUAGAUUAUGUUGUGGCUCUGCUAUUUUCCUAUUUUGGAAUAGCGUCGAUCGUUGUCAUUUGUUCGUUUAGUCCGAUACUCGUUUGGUAUUUGAUUUUUAUUAACACAAUCAAAGUAGAGAUCUUUGGAGAAAGUCUGCGAGCACUAGGCAGUGAUGCGAGCGAUGCUAACAAUUCGUUAAGAAACUUGAUAAAUUGUAUUCGCCGGCACCGAGAAAUCGUCUCGAACAUCAAAGAAGUUGAAGACAUUUUCUCCGGUGUCUUUUUAUACCAAAUCGUUUCAAGUGCAAUAUGUAUCUGUAGCGUCGCCUAUUUAAUGGCUGAUCCUUCGUCAAACGAAUCAAAUAACUUGCUGAUGUACGUAUCACUUGCUGGCAUAUACAUUUACGAAAUAUUUCUACUCAUUUACUAUGCGAACGAGACUGCCCUUGCCAGCGACCAACUGUCGUACCGUUUAUAUGAGUCAAAUUGGACUUGCAUGUCGAUUGGAUAUCAAAAGUUAAUGAUAAUUUUGAUGGAAAAAUGGAAAAAACCAACGGAAUUUGUUGUGGGAAAAGUGUUUCCGAUGAGGAUUAAGAUACUGACAUCUAUACUGAAUGUGGCAUACUCCAUUUUGAACGUACUGAGAAAGGGUCAACCGUAAUGGGUUCUCCGUUAAUUCAUCUGUUAACGACAACGGCGACAGAACUACGAGCUAUUGUUUAAAAUAAAAU